AUGUCGGCGGCUCAGGUGCGCCACGGGCUUCGGCGGCUCCUCAGGGUCGCGCGACGGCUCGAUGGCGACCGCGCCAUGCUCCGCGCGCUGCUCCCCGUCGCCGGCGCGCACCUUCCCUCCCUGCCCGGCGGCGAGGAGGAGGAACGCGACGACACCGUGCGCGGCGUCGUCAUGCGGGCGGUGAGGGAGGCGGGGGGGGUCGCCGCUGCCAGACCCGAGGGAGUGCGGGCGAUGUCCCGCAACGCCGCCGCGCUCGAGGCGGUCAUCGCGCGCGCGGACCUCGCCACCGCGGCGGAGAGGGUUUUCCUGGAGUCCGAGUCCGCGCAAGGAGAGACGCAGCACGUCGCCACGUCGAAUUCCUCGCCCGUCAGAUUUGGCUCCAUCGACGCGUCCGGCGACGAGCGGUGCGCGCGACUUCGAAGCUGGCGGCACCUCAAGGACGUCCUCCGCGAGCACCCCGAGGUCGCCCAUCGCAUCGCGCGGCAUCGGCGGCGGCCCGGUCGGACGGACGGGGCACGGGAGGCCGCGCAUUCGGACGACGCGAUGCGCGCGGUCCGAGCCGCGGUGGACUCUACUCUCGCCGGCGCCUCCUCCGAGAGCGCCCUCCUCGCGGAGGAGCCGCCCGGCGGCGACGGCGACCCGAGCGCGGCGUGGCUCAGGCGCGUGAGCUGGGAGACGCUCGUGGCGCGGAGGGACCGCGCGCGACGAAGGGCGGAGGCGCGCGAGAUCGCCCGGCGGGAUCCCGUCGAGCUCUGGACCUCCCGUCUGCACCUCGCAUCCGAUGAAGACGACGAUCUCGAGCACGAUUCAUUCGACGGCGCCAACGAGCACCCCAACGCGGCGUUCUACCGCUCGAGGCUCGACGCCGUCCUCGAGGAGCCCGGCGGGGACGUCCUCGCGCUGUUCCGCGAGAUGCACGACGUGGGAUGCCCGCCCUCGCGGCGCCUCUACGUCGACGCCAUGCGCGGCGCCGGAUGCCCGGAGAUCGCCACGCGGCUGCUCUGGAUGCUCGCGCACGAGAGCGGGGAGGCUUCGGAGGCGGCGUUGCGCGCGACGCCCCUCGGCGUGAGCGGCGUGUUCUCGUUCCAGAGCGCGCGCGGUCGGCACCCGGGCGGCGGCAAGCACGCGGUCGGCGUGCGCCGGGUCGGCAUCGACGGAAUCUGUACAGCUGUCGCCGACGCCAUCUGCACAGCUGUGCUCGCCGACGCGACGGGGAACGAUGACGAUCCGCCGGCGGGAUCCAUCGACGACGCGUCCCCCCCCCGCCGCCGCACGCGGGGUCACGAACGCGCGCUCGCGGCGAUGGGCGCCAUGACGGACCUCGGCGCUUCGCCGACCAGUCGUGUCGCCAACGACGUGCUGACGCGAUGCGCACUCGCAUUCGCGGCGCGUGGACCGAGUUUGAACGAGGGGAACGAAGAAAAAAGCCGGCGUCUCCUUCGUUGUGUCACGAACGCGGCGACGCGGGCGGAGCGGCACGGGACGAGGCUCGAAACGUCCACGUGGCACGCGCUCAUCGAGUGCGCCGAGCGACUCGGGUCUCUGCGGGACUUUUUCGUCGCGUGCGAGGCGUUUGCGGCGAGAGGGGGCAGCGUCGGGGCGGAGACGGUGGCGAGUUUGCUGGAGUGGGCGCGCGAGGUCGGGGACGAGGCGGUGGCGGGUUGGGCGGAGCACGAGCUGUGGUCGACGGGGAAAGGGGCGUUCCUGGCGCACCUCAACCGCCCGACGUGCUGAGAGCGUGGAUUACGAUUUUCCCCUUCCCAUCUCGGUUGGUCGACCUUACCGAGAGGGGACGUGCCGACGGACGGAUCGAAUAUCGUUUGCCGUCACGAGUUACAACCUGGCGCUUUUCCGCGUCGCGGGGAAGGGGAACCAAGCGGGCAGGGAUGAGAUGAGAGGAAUCUGAUUUCACCACGUUGGCACUCGGGACGAAUCGCCUGUUUUCCGUUCGUUUUACAGCCGUGUAAACAUUGGGGGAGUCGAUGACUCCCUUUGGUUGCCCAGACGCGCUCAUCUGACGCGGAUAGUAAAAAGUAUGUCAUCUGUAUGGCCUCGUGGUUAC